AAUCUCACCAACUACAUGGAUCGCUUCAGUGCAGCAGGGGUGCUCCAAAACCUGCAAGAUGCAUUUCACAUGAAGGACAGUGGACCGGGCUUGUUGCACGCAGUAUUCGCCACCAGCUAUAUGCGGUGUUCUUUAGCCUUUGGAUACAUCGGUGAUCGCUGGAACAGGAAAUACAUUAUGUGUGCAGGGAUCUCCUUCUGGUCCAUCAUGAUCUUGUGCAGUUCCUUCAUCCCCAACGAUUAUUUCCUACCUCUUUUGCUGAUAAAAGGACUAAUUGGAUCCGGAGAAGCAAGUUUUUCCACAAUCGCCCCGUCUAUAAUUGCUGAUCUCUUUGUGGCAGAACAGCGCAGCCACAUGCUUGCCAUAUUCUACUUUGUUGUGCCCGUUGGCUGCGGUCUUGGAUACAUCGUUGGGUCUAAAGUGACAAGUGCUGCAGGUGGUGACUGGCACUGGGCUUUCCGAGUCACCCCUGGUCUGGGCCUUCUCGGAGUCCUGCUGAUGGUCUUCUUUCUAAAGGAACCUCCCAGAGGAGCUACAGACAGGAAGAAAAAACUCAAGUUACCGAGCUCCAAUAGCUGGAUGUCUGAUGUGAAGAAGCUGUUCAGAAAUCCAAGCUUUAUGUUUUCUACACUUGGGAUUACGGCUGUAACAUUUGUCGUCAGUGCACUUGGCCUCUGGGGCCCUUCUUUUUUAGAGCGUGCACGAAAUGUCUUGCAUGAGAAGGAGCCAUGUCAGACUGCGGUGUGCACAAAUGAUGACAGUCUGAUUUUUGGUGCGAUUACAGUCCUCUCGGGCAUUCUUGGAGUUGUAGCAGGAGUGGAAAUAAGCAAAAGAUACAAGAAAGUCAACCCCCGUGCCGAUCCCAUCGUUUGUGCAUGUGGAAUGCUGAUCUCCGCCCCCUUCCUGUUCUUGGCUCACGUUUUUGGAACUAUCAGCCUUGUGGCCACUUAUGUCUUUAUUUUCAUCGCAGGAACAUUACUAGCCUUCAACUGGGCCAUCGUGACUAUUAUCCUCCUGUAUGUGGUGCCUCCCACAAGACGAGCUACAGCCCAGUCCAUGCAGAUUGCAGUGUCCAACCUGCUGGGAGUUGCUGGAAGCCCCAGUCUCAUCGGCCUGAUAUCUGACCUCAUCAGAAGAGGAUAUGCAGAGUCGGAUCUCCUGACAUAUCGCAGUCUGGAGUACGCCGUCAUGACUUGUUCCUUCGUGGUGGCGAUUGGAGGCGCUUUCUUUUUGGCAACUGCACAUUUUAUAGAAAAGGAUCAUGAGAAGGCAAAAACAGAGUCUGAAGAAAAGGAUCAUGAGAAGGCAAAAACAGAGUCUGAAGACUAG